AACUUUUCCAGAGGGCAAAGGAGCCCCGGUUGUCUGACUUCCUGUUUAGCUUUCUGCCUGCUGUGUUUUCAGCGUCACUCAAAGAGAAAAUGUCUCUCCGAUUAGAGGAGGAUCUCUCCUGUUCUGUCUGCCAGGACAUCUUCAAGGAUCCUGUUGUCCUGUCGUGUAGCCACAGCUUCUGCAGAGACUGUCUGAAGAACUGGUGGGCAGAGAAACAAACACGUGAGUGUCCAGUUUGUAACAGAAGAUCAUCAAGAACUGAUCCACCUGUUAGUUUGGUGAUAAAGAACCUGUGUGAGUCCUUCAUACGGGAGAGAGAUCAGAGAGCUUCAGAGCCUCUCUGCAGUCUGCACUCUGAGAAACUCAAACUCUUCUGUCUGGACCAUCAGCAGCCAGUGUGUCUCGUCUGCAGAGAUUCAGAAAAACACAACAACCACACAUUCAAACCCAUCGAGGAAGUUGUACAGGAUCACAAGGAGGAGAUCCAGAAAUCCCUGAAGCUCUUAAAAGAGAAACUGAAGCUUUUUAAACAAGUUAAAAUAAACUGUGAUCAAACAGCAGAACACAUGAAGGUCCAGGCCCGACGCACAGAGAGGCAGAUUAAGGAGCAGUUUAAGAAGCUUCACCAGUUUCUAGAGGAGGAAGAGGAGGCCAGGAUGGCUGCACUGAGGGAGGAAGAGGAGCAGAAGAGUCAGAUGAUGAAGGAGAAGAUGGAGGCUCUGAGCAGAGAGAUAGCAGCUCUGUCAGACACAGUCAGAGCCACAGAGGACGAGCUGAGAGCUGAAGACGUCUCAUUCCUGAACAACUACAAGGCUGCAGUGGAAAGAGUCCAGCAGCGCCCCCUGCUGGAGGAUCCACAGCUGCUCUCAGGAGCUCUGAUAGACGAGGCCAAACACCUGGGCAACCUGACCUUCAACAUCUGGAACAAGAUGAAGGACAUGGUCUCCUACACUCCUGUGAUUCUGGACCCAAACACUGCUCAUCCAGAACUCAUCCUGUCUGAAGAUCUGACCAGUGUGAGACGAGGAGAGAGACAGAAGCGUCCUGAUAAUCCAGAGAGGUUUGACUGUUUUUGUAUUGUUCUGGGCUCUGAGGGGUUUAAGUCAGGGACUCACAGCUGGGACAUUGAUGUUCAAGACAACACAGACUGGUUUGUGGGUGUGGCAGCAGAAUCUGUCAAAAGGAAAUCAGGCAUAAAGUCUGGAUUGUGUAGAAUAGGGUUUUAUGAAGGUAAAUACACAGCAGUCUCCCCCUCACAUCCAAAAACUGAUCUCUCAGUGAAGAAGAAGCUCCAGAAGAUCAGAGUUCAUCUGGACUGGGACAAAGACAAGCUGUCCUUCUCUGAUCCUGAUACUAACACACACAUUCACACCUUCACACACAGAUUCACUGAGAGGAUGUUUCCAUACUUUAACACGUGGAAUGAACUCCCACUGAAGAUAUUACAGGGCGAGAUCUAAGAAAAGAAAAGCUCAAGAGAUGAUUAUAAAUGAUGCACAGAGAUGCACGUCUCAUGAUUAAAAGCAGUAUUGCCACAAAAAUUCCCAGUGAAGUUGUUUGUGUCAAACUGAUGAAUGUAAAUCCAAUUAGAUACUGUUUUUUUGACAAAAAAGUUGAACAAUGUGUAUUUUAUAAAACUUAUAUGUUUUCAUCAUGUAAAGGCUUCAUAUCAAAAAUAACUCAUAUAAAUGUGGUGUAAAAGUAUAUUUCACUCUGAAAGUAGUUGAAGUAUAAAGAAUCAGAAAAUCGAAAUACUGGAUAAACACAUAAAUUCAGAAGACACCUUUUUUGUUGUAUCUCAGAAUUGCUGCGUGUAGAUAAAUAUUGAUUUUGUGGGAGAAAAAUGAUUUGUGUCUUGAAAUAUAUUUGUGUAAAAUCAAUCAUAUCCAUAAUUUCAAAUGUAUUCAUGUAUGUUCACAUUCAUACUGUGAUAUUGGCCUAUUAUGUUAUUCACGUCACUGAGACAGGGAGUCUAGUAUAGCGGCCUUGGAGCCCGGGU